GUGCGCGGGAGGUUCAGUGGGAGACGAAACAGCGGCCGGGAGGGUGAUUGUUGCGCACGCUCCGGACCUGCCAGCCCCCUCCCCCUCGACCUCUGCUUUUCUGUAAGCCCAAACUGCUGUGGGAUUAAGAUGGGCAAGGCAUAAUGAGCGGCCGUCAGGUAGUGGAUCAACAAGCCCCUAAGGCGGCUGGUGGGCGAGCUCGGCCAGUCUCCUCCCUGUGAGGGCGCCAGCUUCCUCGCUCUAAUGACGUAGUCCACCCAAGGCUCAUAUUUUUCAUGAGUAAUGUGCCAAUAACCAACUCGAGGACCAAAUCGUAUGGAAAGUUGAUCGUGGAGGCUGAGAGCGAGUGCGUCCCUAAGGUCUAGUGUGUUCGACAGGCCGCCUGGAGCAAUAGACCGCUGGUGCAGUGAGCGAUGGACCCAUGAAGAUAUCGUAAGACAGGAGUUCAUACAGUUCACCAGGACAUAUCAUGCUAGUGUACAUACCGGUGAGUGAGUCGUGGCGCCUCGCAGAGUCGCAGGUGAGGAGCAGCGGCGCUCCUCAGGUGGUGCCCGUGUCUCUGGCCAUGUCGAGUAUGAACAGCGGAGGAGGACACCAUCAGUUCCAGCAGCAGCAGCAGCAGCAACAGCACCAGCAGCACCAGCAGCACCAAUCACAGCAUCAGCAGCAGCAACAGGCCGUCCAUAUUCAUGCCCAUGCCCGUGGCCCAUCGUCCAUGAUGUGUGCCACCCCCACACAGCCCCACCACACCCACCACCUCAGCAGUGGCCAUGUCCAAUCCUCAACACAUCAAAUGGGUGGAGCCAGUGGGGGCAGCUAUGGUAAUGUUCCUCGUCUCCACCAUUGCAAUGUCCACUCCUUCCUGUGUUCAAAUCCACCACUCCAUCACCAGUACCAGGUGAAUGGUGGUUGUCUUGGCCCCCAGCACCACUAUGCCCCAAUGGUCCCUCCCGGUCACCACACUGCUGGCCCCCUCCUGGCACCUGCUGGGCCCCCCCAGCUGAUGGCCGCCACCCCCCAGCCACCUCACACUCACACCUCCCUGUACGGCCAGGCACCCAUGGCCGUGCCACCCCCACAGGCCGUCCCUGCCCAUCUUGCAGCUGUCCCAAGUCAGCUGUCCGCAGCACCUCAGAGUCUUGGGGUCAGUGUCGCCCCACAGAUGCCUCCUCAGCACCACCACCACACCCACACACAGCCCACACCUCCCCUGGUGACUCCAUUCCCAGCCCACACUCACCUUCACCAACUCCAUCAUUUACAUGCAAGCAGUGGGAGUGGAGGUGGCGCCCGAGGAGCCAGCGUUGACAUGCUGGGGCGGGGACUGUACCGAGGCCCCACUCAGGGUCACGUGCUGGGGCGCAUGAGAGGACCCAGAGGGAGCAGCGGAACCAGUCUUGGUGGCACAAGACGUAGUAGUUCAAGUUGGCGAGGCAAUAAUAUUCCUCCAGCAGCCCCUCCCCCUCCACCACCUCCUCCUCUCCCGAGUGCUGCUGCAGCUGCUGCCACAUACCCAGGCAUUCUCUUACAUUUCCUGGCAAUGUUGUCACACCCCUCGCUGCACCAGUAUAGCGUGGUAGACCCAGUGCCUGCGGAGGCUCCAGACACGGAGAACUAUGAGGCCCUGCUACAUCUUGCAGAGAGGCUUGGUGAAGCCAAACCAAGAGGCCUUAUGAAGACCGUGAUUGACCAGCUCCCGUCCUAUAGGUAUACUGGGGAAAAGUCUGAGACAAAACAGAUGACGUGUGUAAUCUGCAUGUGUGAUUUCGAACUGCGGCAGAUGUUACGUGUCUUACCAUGUCUGCAUGAAUUUCAUACCAAGUGUGUUGAUAAGUGGCUUAAGGAGGGUGGCGUGCCUUGUGCCGUGUACCACUGCUGGCUGCUUGCAUGCUUGCAGUAUCAUGAUGAUGGCCUUUUUGGUGCCUGCAGUCUAACCGGACUUGCCCUAUCUGCCGAGGAGAUGCCAGCGAAUUUCUUAAAGAAGCGGCCAAUUCUGAGUGAAGCCGGUUGAAAUAUUGCAAGAAGAGUGCAUAGUGCAUGCAACAGGAUGUCAUGUCAUGUGCUGAGAAUAAGCAGGGUCGGUGAAUCUCAGGCCAAUGGUGUGGUUAUUCCAGAGAGCCUCCCGGGCCACCUCUAACAUGGGAGUCAUGGUCUCUCAGGUUAGCGACCAAGAAUGAUAGGAUUACUCUCUGAUAAAGUUAAUGAACCUGAUGAUCAGGUAUUGCGAUCAAAAAUCUAUUUCAUUGCAUGGAAAUGUUCUUUAGGUGUCCUGCAGCAGUAUGAUGGGCCUUGAGGAUUGCUCAACUUGGGCCACAGAGAGUUCUUUGUGUACUAUCUUGUAUGUGAUGCUCUCACAGCUCACUAUGGAAGAUUUGAGUUCAUUAAGUGUGUGAGGAAGCUGAGUACUGCUUUUAGUAACGAGCAUUAAAUCCCAACAUUAAAUUUUAUGCCAAUCAUAAUGAGUUACCUUCCUAAAGCCAACUGUACAUAAUUAUGUGCAGUGUGCAUAUCUGAUUGUUCAAGGACAGUGGUUAACCUUCCCUUGUUGUUCUGUCCAAGGCUUUCUUUGUCUAGGACUCCACAGGAGUUUAUGUUUUAGCUGUCCAUUUUCUGUGUUUGCCUUCAUGUGAUGAGGCUGUGUCUGCAACAUUAGUCCUUUUACCUAUGGUGUCUUAGAUAUUGCCAGGGAGUUUUCUUCUUUGUGUUGUGCAUGAGGACAUAAUGGAUAAUGUUUACUUCAAAAAGACCCAAAUUGUUGUGCUAUGCAGUAUGUAAUAAUUCCUCUUAUUAAGGCUUAUUUCUUAAUGGGGAAGUGAGAAAUGUGUGAAUUAGUUGUUAAAUGCUUAUAUAGAUGCAAGAAAAAGCCAAAAAAUGAAAUUAAAAUGUUAUUAUCCAGCUCAGCAUGUGUGGAACCACCAAAUUCAGCUGCAUGUUUAUCUGGCAUUAGGUCUUCAGUAUUGGUGUUUAUAGCUUGAAAUCCAAAAGUUUUGCACAUCAAAUGUCAUUAAUGUGUCGUCAAAUUAAUGGUUUCUUGGAUAAUGUAGGACUUUGCUGAAUAUUAUAAUGAUUAUUUGAUUAUCCAGUGUUAUCACCAGUACGUCCAGUAGCAUAGUAAGAAUAGUAACACUUUCUGCUGAUUACAGCCACACUCGAGAUGCUUACUUCUUUGAUUGGCUGACUGUUCAUUGGUUGUUUUUAGUGAUCUGUUCAAAGCUAGGGCAACAUCCCUCAAAAUUAUGUGUAAAGGAAUAUUUGGCAAGUGUAUUUUGAUUUUGAUUAUGCAUAUGGUGUGAACAGCCACCUUCCAUAUCUAACUUGUAAUUGUAAAGCAAGCAAGACCUGAGUAGAAGCUCUUGAGUGUGGCUGCAGUGUGACAGAAUAUGUCCAGAGCAAGUUAGUACUUCCCUAAGCAUGCUAUAAUUGUUCCAGGUAGGAAAAAAGUUGUGAUUACAUGCUUGCAGCCAAGAGAAUAUCUUUGAAACACAAACAUCAAAUACUAUUUUUCUUCAUGUAGUGGAAUUGGAUUUCACAAGAAGCUCUUCUGUUUUAGUUAAUAUUGGUAUAUACCAGGAAAUCAUUUCAGAAAAAGAAAAGCUACAACUCAUUGGUAUGAAACUUUCAUUAUUCAUAUUUCCUGCAUGCUAGGGACUGAACUAUAGGCUAUAACCUUUGAACAUUAGAUGAAAGUGGAUGUGUUAUGCUAAUGGAGGCUCAUUUUACAAAGACAAAAAUAUUUACACUUUUAUUUUGCUUACUAGAGUAUUAGAGGUGUACCAAAACUUUCUCUAAAUCAUUUAAAUAUCUAGAAACCUUUAUUAUUCAAACCAUUUCCAUGUAUUGUGUGAAAUUUCAGCAUUUCCGUAUAAUAUUCUCCUCGCCUCUUUGGUGUUUAUCCCUCAUUAGCAAAACAACAAAAGAUGCCCAAUCUCACAGCCUCAGUACUUGAAAUACUGAAAUUCUUACCUUGGUUCACAGUCUCUAGAUUGGGAAGGUUAUGUAAUUACAUAUCUAAAGUAUUACACGUUUGAAAAAUAUCAAUGUUUUUAUAUGGAGAUAAAAUAUUAAGGCAGUCAUAGUUGUGAUAAUCCUUGUUUAAGCAUACAUUUUCUAUAAUGAUUCCACACUCCGUUUCCACGUUCCACUGCCUUCCUCGUAUUCACCACAAAUGCUUCCACCUCACACAGUGAACUGUGCUGCCAAGAUGGCUUUCUAGCAUCUCACAUUGAAGAACGGCGUUUUUCAUCUUUUUUGACGUAACAUAAAUGAGAUCAUCACCAAGUAAAAAAGCAUGAAUAUCUUUUAUAAGUACAGUUUAUUAAGUCUUGAAAAAUUGCAUUGAGGUGUGAAGUGUUGAGAUUGCCAUCUUCAGCAUGUAUAUUGGUUCACUUAGUGUGUUUUGUACAACCAUGUGCCUCAUUAUUUAGUGUAACUAGCAGCAUCUCUCACAUGUCUGAAUUUGAAUGGUGCUUACCAUCACUUCCUGCUUCAGGAAAGGAGUAGAUGGCAUUUUCCAGCAGUUUUUGAAAAGUCAAUAAAUUUUUAAAUCAUCGAAUAUUUUGUGUGAUAAUGGCUGCAGGUCAGUGUGAGAUUUUUGCCAAUCAUGAGUUUUAUGUAGUGUGUGUGUAUUUAAUAUUAAUCCAACCAUAACAUGUCUUUCACUAGAGGGACAAAACCAAUCCAGUAUACCUGCAUAAGUUUCUUUCAUGUGAGAGGAUGCUGCAGCUCUCAGUGUUGGUGCCCCUCCUCGCCGUGUGUAGAGUCAGCCAUACUUGGGUCCGGUGUAGAGCUUGCUUCCUACUGCAUGAUAUUCCCUCAAUUCAUGGAAGUGUUGGGGUUCAAACUAAUAAUGAUUCCAAUGCAAGUUACAUAUUUGUAAUAAUGCCAUGAAAGUGUGGUGUAUUGUCUCUCAUUAUGAUAGAGAAUUUUGGCAAUGUGUAAAAUUUGUAAAUUUGUCUAAGUGGCACAUAAUAGCUAACUUCUUUUUUAAAAGGUUUUGUAAUUCUUGCAUUAAAACUUAUUGCCAUGUAAAGGAUUUCCAAGUAAUAUAUAUAUAUAUAUAUAUAUAUAUAUAUAUAUAUAUAUAUAUAUAUAUAUAUAUAUAUAUAUAUAUAUAUAUAUAUAUGACUUGUAGGAAGAGGACUGGAUGAUUAGAAGCUAAAAUAUAAAAGUGCAUAUGGAUGUAAUGUGUGUGUGUGUGUGUGUGUGUGUGUGUGUGUGUGUGUGUGUGUGUGUGUGUGUGUGUGUGUGUGUGUGUGUGUGGAUGCCUUGCUUGGCUGCACCACCUUGACAAGGAUAUUGGUCUGAUUUAUAACAUGACAUAGUUUUAAACUUCUAAAAGAUCAUUUUAACAUGUAGUGGUUUAAAUUUUCAGUUCCACAGAUCAAAUUUUAAAAAUAUUCUGCUGAAUUUGCUUUUCUGUUCAUGUCAUUUGCAGUUCCUUGUGUUUCCAUCAGGCCCUCAAAAAAUGUGGAGUCUUACCAUAAAGGAAUUUUCCAAAUCUUCCUUUACUUGGCAAGAAGAUUUAGUACAGAGUUAUGAAAUGCAUAGAAAAAAAUUGUGGUUGUGCUGUGAUUAUUUAAUUACCCACUACUUAGAUAAAUGGAGUAUUGCAUAGCUGGAAUGGCAUUUGCACUGUGUUGGAAGGGCUCCAUGCGUGGGAGAGUCAGCUUCAGUGUGAACCUGACGAGAUAAACUUGACAUGUCCUUCAUAUUGUAUGUGUAUUGGCUUCAAGUGUAGAUGCCUUGAGCUGUUCAUGUGUAGUUCUCCCCUUUUACUGUCAAGCUGGCCUUUUAUAUAUAUUUCAUAGGCACUGUACUCAAUGGCUCAUUUAUCUUGUUAAUAUACAUUUGUAGUUAACAACAGUUUCCUUUCUCUGUAUGGUAACCCUAUCUUUCUAAAUACUUCCACAUUUCCCUCUCCAUCUUUCAAAAGUGAGAGAAAGCAAUACAUUUCUAGUUUUUAGCCUGAUGCUGUAGUUUUUUUUUUUUUUUUUCCCCACUGCUGGAGGGUUUCUAGAUUUUUACUUUUAACUGUCUUGUAUGGUAUUCCCUACACCACUCAACAGGUGAAAAUGUUCUUGCCCAUCUCUUAAUGUUAAACCCCCUAUUUUAAGAGAUAUAGAACAUAAGAAUUGGAGAUAAGGUGCAUGAAAAGUAUGCAUGUCACUUAAUAUUGAUGUAUCACCAUUGCAUCAUUUUUUUUACAUGUGUACCUUGUCAAUGCUAUGAUGAAAAUUUGUUUCCCCCCUGUUGAGCAUAACUGGGAUUGCCAGAGUGUGUAUAAAGUAUUAUGGCUUGAUGUUCAAAGCUCACGGUAUUCUACUAUAUAUACUACCUCAGCCUUAAACAUGCUAAGCACAAUAUUCAUAAGUUGGACAUAGCUCUAAAUAGUUUCAGAACUAAUGACCAAAUUGAAAGUUUUCAAGUUUAGUAAUCCCAUGCAAUUUAUGGAUGCUUAUCCAUAAUACAUUGGUAUAGUGAAAGGAGGUAUUGUUUGGCACUGCUGCUGCUGUAGUUCACACUGAGACUCCACUACAUGUUAUGGAAAACUCAUCUUGUGUAACUUGUUUUCUGUCAGCAGCCUUCUGCAGCAGUCAAUGUUAUGCUCUGACUGCUACUGUCACUGUUUGAAGAGUCAGUGCUUAAUGAGACAUGAAUCUGGUCCACUACCGUAGAGGAUUUUGUGCUACUGGAUAUAAAGAUCAUUGCUGCUAAUUAAGGUGUGGGAGGUGGGGCCACAAGUGAAAUUACAGGAAGACUGCAGUGACAUAAUGAAAAGCAUAUAAUUUUUAUCCAUAUCUAUAUUUUGAUUACCAGUGGGCCAAAUGUCAAGAUGUAGCUAUGUAUAAACAUUGUGAGAUGUGGUACACUGACUUUAUCUGUCAUGCACUGUACCUGUAGUGGUUUCUUUGUGACCCCAAUUCUGCUUGUGUGCUGUCUUUGGGUCACCUCCUCAAGUUGUGGUGGGGUCCGUGUGUUGUGGCGGCUGCUGCUGCCUCGGUGCAGCUCAUCCCUAUUGUGUCAAUGUGGAUAACCCUUACAGGUUAACAAAUUAGAUGCUCAAAUAAGUAAAAAGUAUUAUUUAGCUAAAAACUACUGUAAUAAUAUACCAUGUUGUCAGGCAACACCAGUGACCAAACAGAAUUAAUUUCCAAAUCUUAACAAAUUUUUGAGGUAGAAAUUAUCCUUAAAAAUUUUAUAAUUUAGAAAACUUUUUGUAAUUCCCAGACAUCAUGUAGUAAAAUUGCAAUAAUCUCCUGAGAAACACUAUUAUGUCACAUACUCUUGAAACUGGAAAUAAUAAAGGCUAGAAUGAUUAUAGCUAUGGAUAUUUACAUUUUCAGUAUAGAACUGUGCCCUGUCAUUACCGUUGAAUAUCAUUUUAAUGAGUAGUUCAACCACAUCAUUCUGGAGUGAGUUGUCUGUACAGUAUUUUGUGUCACAUGUGCCGCCACUUACACACGACCGAGGGCCCUGUGUGUUACCUACCUUCAGACCAUUGCAAAGUUCAGACAGAAUUCUUUUGGCACCUCCAACAGUAUUUAGAAAUAGAUUUAUGAUACAGAAUUUCUUGUUUCUGUUAAUCAAUCACCGGUUGCCAAAGAAUUAUCUUGUAUUCAUGCCUUCAUUGUGGUGGCAAAGAAUUCUGAUCCGCAUUAAUUGUAUGAUUACAAUACAUGCAUCAUGCUUCAAAGUAUAUUUUUUUCUAAAUAUAUAUAAUUUUCAUAGUUCUUCUCAGGAAAUGUCAACACAGACUUCCCAUUGACUUGUGUAGAUGACUUCCCAUUAUAGUCAACACUUUACAAUAUACAUUAGGUAUGGUGACAUACGGGCCCCGUCCGCACUAACCUGCCUUGUAGUACAAAUGUGCAUUUUGUAUUUCACCUAAAUUCACUUAAUUUCCAUGAAUAUGCAUAUUAUAUAAAUAUACAUAUAUAUACAUAUAUAUAUAUGAACACAUAAUUAUGAGCAAAUAAUGGAAUGGGGGUAUUGUAGCUUUCUCCUCCACCUACUAGGAUGAUCAUUGUUCUGAAGACCCAAGGCCUUUGUCCUUUUCAAACUGGAGCAUGCAGGGAAAAGUGUUGCAGACCUGUUACUAUUAUGAAUACUAUAUCUAACCAUUCUUUUUACCAGUUACUUCAUUACACAACAAUCUACAUUUCAAUUGCAUACAAUAAUUAUAGAUAUCUGUAUUCUUUUAUAGCAUUUAGAGUGUUUGUUAUAUUUUUGUAUUUGCACUUUGUUAAAGGAGUUUUGCAUUUAUCAACCCUGUGUGCUCCCCUGUUCAAUAUGCUUAGUUUAGUUCACACUACAAACACUAGUGAGACAUAUGCAGCAAAUAAUAACUAAAUUUUUUAUUCUUCUCUUGUUUUAGAUUGACCAAUGUUCUCAAAGCUGUGAAAGUGCAGAAAAAAAAUAGUCUCAGAGAUUCCCUGCAUAGUGUGUUGCAGCACUUACGCUUAAAAUUGGUUGUAGUUUUCCGUAAUGUCUGCCAGGCCAAUAAUCCAGUUUGGUCAGACUUCAAGAAUUGUGCUUGCUCUUAAUUUACCUGUUAGUUUGUGAUAUAUAUAUUUUUUUCAGCAAUUUCUACUGUGAUGUGAUGAGUGACUUUUGCAAUUAUAUUGUAAUGUGGGCAAAUUUGGCCAUCCCCAUCUAUUGCUUCAAAUAUUCAGUGGCUUUUAAACUAAGCACUUUUCUCCCAUCUGAUGCAUUACAAAUAUCUCCAUCUGUCCAGACUCCUGUAAAUACCUUAUCCUUUGCUUCCUGCUAGUUGACUCACCAAUCACGUGUGUCUUGUAACUUUACUAAUGAUCUCGUAGUGACCCAUUCCCUGGUAGGCAGUAGACAUUCCAAGGCAUUCCAGGCUUUACUUACAUGGCAUUCCAAGCUUAUAACUCAACUUCCUUGGCUCAGACUUAGAUGAUAGAAUGACUCUUGUAGAACCAUGACCAAAUGGAUUUACUGAACUGAAACCUUUCUUUCUCCCCACCUCUCUCUCUCUCUCUCUCUCUCUCUCUCUCUCUCUCUCUCUCUCUCUCUCUCUCUCUCUCUCUCUCUCUCUCUCUCUCUCUCUCUCUCUCUCUCUCUCUCUCUCUCUCUCUCUCUCUCUCUCUCUCUCUCUCUCUCUCUCUCUCUCUCUCAUUUCCAUCUAUAGGAUUGUUUUAUUUUUUAUGUUAUGUACAUACAUCCUUCAUCAGGGUGUAGACCACUUCCGGUUUCCCUUAGCAGGCACACACACACACACACACACACACACACACACACACACACACACACACACACACACACACACACACACACACACACACACACACACACACACACACACACACACACACUAUGAACACUAUGAAAGAAACACUGAAAACAUGAAAUGAUAAUGAAGAGGGAACAAAGUUCAAGGAAAUGACCAACUGAUAAAAUUGAGGUUAAAGUUGCAAGCAAGCCACAACUUGGGACAUAUUUGCUCGAACACUUAUAAUAAGGACAAUUGAACAAAUGGAUUAGUAAAGGAAUUAAAAACUGAGGAUAGCAAGGAUCGUGGAAAAAUAGAUGAUAAGAUAUCAACGGAUCAUCCUCUUUAUUUAAUUUAGUGUCUUUAUUUUCCCUUACGGAGUUGGAUAAUUUUGUUUGUUCACAUCAAAAGAUUUCCUCCCACAGAUACCAUUCUCUGACAGGGAGUAGGUUUGAUUUCUCAGAGAACUUUCCCUAGAGGGGCUGGCUCCCUAGUCUGUCUAGGUCUCUCUCUCUCUGGGGCUGACAUUGGGAUGGGGUUCCCUGCUUGAGUGCAUUUCGUGGCAGACCCUACGCUAAAAUAAAAGGACAAGGGAUCAUGAAUACAGAUUAAAAAGACUAAAUACUUAGUGCAAAGAAAUAAAGUUUCCUAAGUAGAAAAAUUGAAAAACUUUCACACACGCGCGCACACACGCGCGCACACACACACACACACACACACACACACACACACACACACACACACACACACACACAGGAGCAGGUUUCUUAGCUUUUUGUUACUGCAGGACAUCACACACACACAUACAGGAAGACCAAAGGAAAAAAACACACUUUCUUGCUCACACACAUGCACAGACACAUUUUUCCUAUAUGGCCAUUUUUGCUCACAUGAUUUUAUGCUUCUGGUAUGUAGACUUGUGUAUUCUUGAGCUUGUAAGUGUAAUUGCUUUAUUAAUCACACUUCAGGUAUCCCUGAUUAUAUUUCCUCACUCUGCCAUUUUGAGGGUUUGGUAAAUGUACGUUCCUAUAGCAUUACUCUUUAUAAUUUUUCUCUUACCCUUUAGAGACCAAAGACAUGAAUAGUUAAUGGACAUUUUCUUGUCAUGUAAUUUGUCACCUAUAAACUUUUACCUGCUGCUAUUUCCUGCUAUUAGGUAUUCCCUCUCCAUUUUAUCAUCGUGAUCAGGUAUCAAAUGUAUCAGUACAGUGUUGGUAAGAUGAUAGUUUGAUGCUAGUACCAAUAAAAAUAAACACUAAUGCCUCAUGUCUGUGAAAAAGUUGUGCAGUUGUGAAUGUCUACCAAUGUGGUUUUUAUCUUAUGGCUAAUAAAGGCAAAAAAAUCC